AGACAACUGACAUUUAUGUGAAGUGACAUUGAAAGAGCCACAACUCUUUGGCCACAACUCAAAAAAUGAAUUGAAUAAUAUACAUAGAAAGAAACAGUGAAUUUUCCUGCCUACUGCUAUACUAAAAUUUACAACCAAAGAAUAUAAUAUUCUCUAGCAAGAGGUUACAGCUAAGAGAUUUCAAUAAUAAAUAAGGAUUAUUUCUUGGUCGGUAAAUAUUGUACCAAUUAAUUUUAAAGAAAUGCAAAACAUACAUGAGGCUCUGAAGCCGAUAUCAUGGCUUGCUGGUCGCUGGUUUACCGAAGAAGGCAAAGGAUACUACCCUAACAUUCCUGAUUUUAAGUUUCAUGAUGAGAUGGAGUUUGUUUGUAUUGGUCAACCAAUGUUUAACUUUAAGUCAACGUCGCAACAUCCAGAGAAAAAAACGCCAAUGCAUCAAGAACGGGGAUUUCUUCGUAUUAAACCGGGCACCAAUGAACUUGCCUUCACUGUCAGCCAUAACUUUGGUCUUACUUCUCUUGAAGAGGGUGUAUGUAAUGAGGAAAAAAAGGAAAUUGUUUUGGAGACAUCAAAUAUAGCCCGAAUUUCGUUUGCCAAGCCCCCUCAUGUAAUUAAGUUUAAAAGAAUAUUUAAACUCCUUUCUUCGAACGCUUUGGAAGUAACAUUAUUCAUGGAAACCGACAACACUCCAUUGACCGAGCAUUUAAAAGCGGUAUAUAGAAAAGAACAUACAGAAUAAAAUGGGUAAAUAAUAAAUAAACCCAUGUCCAUUAAUAUUGCUGCGUCCUUCGAUGACUGCUAGAAUUUUGCCCCCGGCAUGUCUUACCGCAGUUUUCAAUAAACUACGCCAAUUGCUUUUUUCAAUCCUUUGCGAAAAAGAACCAAUUAGAACAAAGUUUUUGUGACAUACUUACAAAUGACAUUUUGAUUGGGUUAUAAAUUAUUGGGAUCGGAUCGAAGAUGAAGAUUGGUAUCGUUUAUUGAAAACGGCUAUUCGAUAUUCAUGGGACAAACGUGAAACGAAUGACGGACUGGGUUUGCAAGAUUUUCAUGUGUGUAAAUGGUCUAUAACCAUUUGGGUACCAAAAUAUAUCAGGCUCCCUCCUAUCGGUUACUUUUAUCUUCUUGGAAUAGAUUUUGGGUGACAAACGUAUGUAGGUUAACCUGAUAAUUGGUGAAGGUAUAUGCAGGCUGGUUUUUUGAGUUGGGGCAGUAAAAACUCCAAUUUUUUUUAAAUGAGUCGUCAGCCAUAGAAUAUAUUUCCUGACAGCAUAUUUUUUUCACACUUAACAUCCCAUAUUAAUCAGAGGAACCAAGGCGAGUUCUUCGCGUUUACCAGCAUGCUAUGCACGUCGGCGUACCUAGUAAAACCCCACGGUUGCCUUUAUCGACACAUUAGAGGCGACUCAGGUGUACCAUAAGGUAAUUACCUCUGAUCUCUUACCCGAACAAGCAACAACCUCUGCGGUAUACUUUAUAAAUAGUCCUUCGUUACAUAGAACCGCUGGCGUCCACAGCAGCGGCAAGGUGUGCGCACGAAUUCCUCCCGUUUCAGGACGGAUAUGCAGCGUCGAGCGUAUGUCCUAUGUUUUCUGACACUUAAGGUUUGCAAUCCUGCUGUUCGUGCUACCAUAUAGCAGCGGUUUCUCACAUGACAUGCGGAUUUCCAGAAUUUUUGUCUUGUGAUAAAUUCUUGAGAAUUAGGACGACUUCUUUGGCAUUUUUGUGCCCUUUAUUAUUUUUUUUAGAUCUUGGUAGUAUAAUUCGACGUUUUCACCGGUCAUACACUACUUUGUUCACGGCAUGGCAGUUACUAUAUUAUGUGACAGAACGUGUCGUAAUAUUUUAGUGGAAUUUCCUACGUCUUCAAUCCACGAAUUGUUGUGAAUUCACUUACAAAAACCACCAGCCACAAAAACGUAUAUUUAAGUCUUAUUUAUGUUUACAAAAGCCGAAUAAAUGUUAGUGUUCCUUACCUAUGAUUAUUUAUACUUUUUCGCGUCGAAACUCGGGAUCUCUUUGAUUCCAGUCUGUGCAAAUAUAUUUAUUUAUUUAUAUUUAUAAAUAAUAUUUAAGGGCAAAAUCUGUGUAAAAUAUGUAGAGAGAGCGAAAGAGUAGGUAUCGAGAUAAUGUGUAAGUACAAGUAAUGAAAACUUGAAUAUUUUAGUUUGUAUGUAUCGAUUUCAAAAACAUCAGUUACCAUACCUACAGAGUUUAAUGGCAGUCUUAUUUUCGUAUAUAAUUAUACCUACUUUUAAAUCUUUUGCGGGAAUUGCAGCGCAGUCCUGCCGAAAUUCUAAAUUUACCACAAAUUUCCAGGUGGAAGAAACAUUGUGCGCGAUUGCAAUCCCCACUGAGAGCCAAACAAACCGACCAUGCUUCAUAAUUGAUGCAUACUUGUGAUAGGCUUCUGGUUUAACUCUCCCACGGUCAUAGCUGUAGAAAAGUCACACGGACUUGCCUGACAUUUUUUCUAAAAUCUGAAUACAGAUCUUAAUGUUUUCAAAAGUUCUCUUUUAGGUAACUAUUUACAGCGGAUAAGGUACCUACUUUUACUGCCAUGUCUCAAAAAUCCAACCUAUAUAUUAGGUAUUCAUAUUAUAUUAUGUAUUUCGGUUAAUUUAAAUCUAUAUGAUUUAGAUUAUAAACUGUAGGGUGAUUUAGACACUUGAUCCAGCGGAAAUCCGCUAAGGGAAUUAAUUUUUCAUUAGAAAAAAGGUGAAGGAAUUGGAAGUGUGUUAUUAAUUUCUAAAAUAAAGUUUUCUUGAAAUCUCAA